GCCACCACACAGGGGCUCUUGCCGGCCGCUCUCCGCCGCUGAGCGCGCGCCUGCUCUGCUCUCUCUCGAACCUGCAUUUUACUGGGGGUUGGGAAGGGCGGUGGACGGUGCUGGGGGAGCCCGACCAGGCAGCACCUUGUAGGUAACCAUUACUGGACCAGAAAGAUGACAUCUAUCAUCAAAUUAACUACCCUCUCCGGGGUCCAAGAAGAGUCUGCUCUUUGCUAUCUUCUCCAGGUUGAUGAGUUUAGGUUUUUGUUGGACUGUGGCUGGGAUGAACACUUCUCUAUGGACAUUAUUGAUUCCCUGAGGAAGCAUGUUCACCAGAUUGAUGCAGUGCUCCUGUCUCACCCCGAUCCACUCCACCUUGGCGCCCUCCCAUUCGCUGUGGGGAAGCUGGGUCUGAACUGUGCCAUCUAUGCCACCAUUCCUGUUUACAAAAUGGGGCAGAUGUUCAUGUAUGACCUCUAUCAGUCUCGCCACAAUACGGAAGAUUUUACCCUCUUUACAUUAGAUGAUGUGGAUGCAGCCUUUGAUAAAAUCCAGCAGCUAAAAUUCUCUCAGAUUGUGAACUUGAAAGGCAAAGGACAUGGUUUGUCUAUCACACCCCUGCCAGCUGGCCAUAUGAUAGGAGGGACAAUAUGGAAAAUAGUCAAAGAUGGAGAAGAGGAAAUCGUGUAUGCCGUUGACUUCAACCACAAGAGGGAGAUCCACUUAAAUGGAUGUUCCCUGGAAAUGCUAAGCAGACCCUCUCUACUUAUCACAGAUUCAUUUAAUGCUACAUAUGUACAGCCUAGAAGGAAACAGAGAGACGAGCAGCUCCUGACAAAUGUCCUGGAAACUCUUCGGGGUGAUGGAAACGUGCUCAUAGCGGUGGACACAGCAGGCCGAGUUCUGGAGCUUGCUCAGCUUCUUGAUCAGAUUUGGAGAACUAAAGAUGCAGGGCUGGGUGUUUAUUCACUGGCACUCCUGAAUAAUGUCAGUUAUAACGUGGUGGAGUUUUCCAAAUCACAGGUAGAAUGGAUGAGUGAUAAAUUAAUGAGAUGUUUUGAAGACAAAAGAAAUAACCCAUUUCAGUUUCGCCAUCUCUCUCUGUGCCAUGGUCUUUCUGACUUGGCUCGAGUUCCAAGCCCCAAAGUUGUACUUGCCAGCCAGCCUGACCUUGAGUGUGGAUUCUCAAGGGAUCUCUUUAUUCAGUGGUGUCAGGACCCGAAAAACUCAAUCAUUCUAACUUACAGAACAACUCCUGGGACUUUAGCACGUUUCUUAAUUGAUAAUCCUUCUGAGAAAGUUACAGAAAUAGAGCUGAGGAAACGCGUGAAGCUUGAAGGGAAAGAACUUGAAGAAUAUGUGGAAAAAGAGAAACUAAAGAAAGAAGCUGCUAAGAAACUUGAGCAAUCGAAAGAGGCAGACAUCGACUCCAGCGAUGAGAGUGACGUGGAGGAAGAUAUCGACCAGCCUUCGGCUCAUAAGACAAAGCACGACCUCAUGAUGAAAGGGGAAGGCAGUCGCAAAGGCAGCUUCUUCAAACAGGCCAAAAAAUCCUACCCUAUGUUUCCUGCCCCAGAAGAAAGAAUUAAAUGGGAUGAAUACGGAGAGAUCAUCAAACCAGAAGAUUUCUUAGUGCCAGAACUUCAGGCUACUGAAGAAGAAAAAAGCAAAUUAGAAUCUGGUUUGACAAAUGGAGAUGAGCCCAUGGAUCAGGACCUGUCUGAUGUUCCCACCAAGUGUGUUUCUGCAACAGAGUCUAUUGAGAUAAAAGCCAGGGUUACUUACAUAGACUACGAAGGACGCUCUGACGGAGACUCCAUUAAAAAGAUCAUCAAUCAGAUGAAACCACGGCAGUUGAUCAUUGUCCAUGGCCCACCAGAGGCCAGUCAGGAUCUGGCUGAGUGCUGCCGUGCAUUUGGUGGGAAAGAUAUUAAAGUAUACAUGCCAAAGCUACACGAAACAGUUGAUGCCACAAGCGAAACGCAUAUCUACCAGGUCAGAUUAAAGGACUCGCUUGUCAGCUCCCUUCAGUUUUGUAAAGCCAAAGAUGCCGAGUUAGCUUGGAUAGAUGGCGUCUUAGACAUGAGAGUUUCCAAAGUGGACACAGGAGUUAUUCUGGAAGAAGGAGAGCUCAAGGAUGAUGGAGAAGACUCGGAAAUGCAGGUGGAUGGCCCUUCAGAUUCCAGUGCCAUAGCCCAGCAGAAGGCCAUGAAGAGUCUGUUCGGAGAUGAUGACAAGGAAUUGGGUGAAGAGACUGAGAUCAUCCCCACCCUGGAGCCUUUGCCGCCUCAUGAGGUUCCUGGACAUCAGUCCGUUUUUAUGAAUGAGCCAAGACUAUCUGACUUCAAGCAAGUUCUUUUGCGGGAGGGGAUUCAAGCCGAAUUUGUAGGGGGCGUACUUGUCUGCAACAAUCAAGUAGCAGUCCGCAGAACAGAAACUGGACGCAUCGGGUUAGAAGGCUGCCUUUGUCAAGACUUUUAUAGGAUACGAGACCUUUUAUAUGAACAGUAUGCCAUUGUGUAAAGGACAUGAUGUCAGGAAGUGUCUGCUUGACCUUUCUCAGGAAGAAAGGAUUCUCAUCUGAGGCUAAACUGUCUUGUUUUGUAACAUACAAAAAGAAUCUGCCAGAAAACGUGAGCAUGUAUUAGACUUUGAAAAAUAUGAAUCAAGAGCCUGGGGUGUAGCUCAGUGGUAAAGCUCUUGCCUAGCAUGUGCAAGGUCCUGGGUUUGAUUCCCAGUACUGAAUAAAAAAAGGAAGAAAGAAAAUGUAAAUAAAACCCAUUUUGUAAAUUCUCUGCCUUGCGGAAUGCUAGAGGCCUCACGAAGAGACAGGCUCAGAACUGAAGGUGUUGAUUUCCUUUGCAGAGCCCUUGCUCCAAAGGGUUCAUUACUUGAGAAAAACAAGCAAACAGUGCAACCUAGUGGAGCAGUUCAUGUCCUUACAGAAACUGGUAUGGAUGCAUUCAUGCAGACAGUUUCUUAUGUUUUCUGGAACGAAAAGGGAGAAUUACAUAGAAAAACGUGCUAUAAAAGAUGCAAACACAAACAAGAAACUGGCGAAACAUUUUUAAAAAAAUAGUGAGCUGUGCUGUUCCUCCUUUUUGAAUUCUGAUAUGCAGUUGCCUCCACACGGAGUCUCUGCCUUCUACCUUCAUCCUGUGUGAAGCAGCACACAUGUUUAGUUUAGAAUAAAUGUUUAUUUCUCCCAUUUCUUGUGUAUGAAGAUUUUUUUGUUGUUCAAUUUGAAUUUAUAACCUCAUCAUUUGAAUAAAAUAAAUGUCAU